UGUCUCAUCAUAAAGAAGUUGCUGGUAUUAAAGUAGCUGUCACACUCGGCUAUACGUAGUUAGCGGGUUGUCGUCGCAGUGAACAGUCGCACUACCAACACGCUGUGCCCCCACUCCUCCCUCCAGCUAGCAGUAUGAUGUCGUUGUUGCUGCUCCUCCUUGUUGUCCCUGCGGCAUCGUCGACGGCUUUGGUUGGUGGCUUCUCACCCUUGUUGAAUGCAGACACUCUCAUCUCCAAGUACUCCUCCAGUAGCUCCUUAACUAGGGACGAGUUCCACGCUCUGUUCAGUAGUCUCAAGUUGCACGUGAAGCAGAAUUUGGACACGGAUGGAAUCCUGGGGUCGGAGGAUGAGGCUCUCAGGGAUGCUGAUUGGUGCAACACAGUUCUAAACAACACCGCAAACACCACCUGCGGACAGGUGGAGUGUGUUCGCAGUGAAGAUGUGUUCAACACAUACGCUUUGGAUGCCCGUAUUAACUCAUCGUCCCUGCUACACGCGCUGCCGGCUAUUGUCAUUGCCUUAGAGGAAGACCACUGCCGCGCUUUACAGCUCGCCGACUCCGCAUCAGAAGACGAAGGACCUCGCAAACCUACAGAUGCAGAAGCAUGGGGUUACGGCCUCGGCGUAGUUCUCACUGUGUGUCUCAUCUCCAACCUCGGGGCUUUCCUCACGCCACUGAUGAACUCCACCUUCUUCCAGAAACUGCUCAUGUUCCUUGUGGCAAUUGCUAUAGGCACACAGGCUGGAGCCGGCAUAGUCGUACUCAUACCGGAGUCCAUGCACCUGAUGUACAUAGAGGAGACCAAGGACACGUACCUGUGGAAGGCCUGCUCCGUGCUCGGGGGGAUCAUCUUUGUUCUUCUGCUCGAGCGAAUACUGAAGAUAUCAUUUCACCAAAUAAAGUCUGCUAAAGAGAGGACAAUGGCGGAGAUCUCGGUGGAGGUCGGGAGCACAGUCACCAUGAGCACGACAUCGUCCAGCGAGGACACGGACUCCAACUCAAGUGACCUACCUGUUGCUGUAACCACUACCGUGAUAGGGAACGGGAAAAGCAACGGCAGCACACACGACGGCAAACACGACAGCAGUAACGGGGUUAAAAGCAGGAAGACGAGCGAUGUUGAAGCAGACUCCGAGAAAGUGACACAGCAGAUAGCUGCCGUGGCGUGGAUGGUUCUCCUAGGGGAUGCUAUACACAAAUUCGUGGACGGUUUGUCUGUCGGCGCAGCUUUCACGGAAAACAUCACCACUGGUCUCAGUUUAGCAAUCUCCGUGCUGUGUGAAGAACUACCUCAUGAGCUAGGCGAUGUGUCGAUCCUACUGCACUCGGGGAUGACGAUGAAGCAGGCCUUAACAUACAACACUUUGUCAGCCGCUAUGGGGAUCCCAGGUCUCAUUGUGGGCAUCUUUGUAGGCGAGACGACUUCUGCAAACCAGUGGAUAUUUGCAAUAGCAGGAGGCAUAUUCAUUUAUGUUCCUCUUGCUGACAUGAUUCCAGAAAUGGGCCAUGCUGUUGACAAGGCACUGAAAGAGGGGACGGGGGCCAUCUUUUUAUCGUUUCUACAGCUUCUUGGUUUGAUGAUAGGCUUUGGCAUCAUCAUCCUUGUAGCAGCAUAUGCAGGGGAAAUCCAGGUGUGAUACUAUGUUGAUUGUAAACUGUCUACCUACGGUUGUGGAGUUGGACCUUCGUCUGAAUACAAACUAUAUACCAUUCUUCUUAUUCAGAGACAAUACAACUACCACCAUUCUCCAACCGUAUUUCACAUACGAAACAAUGCAAUAAGAGUUGGACAUGCACCUUUCUUCUAUAUAGUUGCCGCUUCUCUCUUUGUUUCAUACAAAACAAAUGUAUAUAGAACAAUACAGGGAAUUAUAUGUGUAAAGAGUUUUACGAGAAUUAAUUUUCAUACACGAUAUAUUAAAAAAGAUGAAAGGGUGUAUUUUUCAAAAGCCAACAGUGCCACCUUGAUUAUUCGAACAUCGCCGUAGGGACAGAAGUAUUCCUAUAUUGACACAAAAGAGGCUGACACUGGAUUGUAUAUACCCUGUGGGUUGAAGUAAGUUACAUCAAUGGAGGAAUGUAAACCAAUGACUCGAAUGGUCGACGUUUGAUAAGGUUUAGUUCACAGGUGGAGUAGAAGGAACGACCGGGUCUGAUUACAUGGUAGUUGUUUCUAUAGAUAAGAAGUGUGGAGUGUGCACCCGUAAACACAUUCUAGAUUAGGAAUCAUGAAAUUAGCACAAAUGUGAUUAGUGACGACGGAGCAUUCCGUGGGUGAAGAUUUGCAGGACUUGAAGAUUUGAAGACUUGCAAUAUUACUGUUUGUCCUUUGCUCUGUGAUAAUGAAUACUAGUAUCUUGUGUGUAUUUGAGGUGUUGUGUGAAGCUGUAGCUACACAAUAAACUAUAUUCCAUAACA